UUUAUUUAGACUAAAAAAAGUAAGCUGUUAAUUUAUUCGACUCCAAAAAUUCCAUGACAGAUUAAAAAAAAAAAGAAAUGUUUUAUCUAAAAUAAAGAGAUGAAUUAUUUAAAUUUAAAGUGAUAAAUUUUUCUCACUUGUUGAUGAACAAGGUAGGAAUUAAGCAUCACGUGACAAGCGUAACGCAUCCAUCAAGCAACUACACACAGUGUUACAUACAGCUGUAAAAUCAUACAGUUUGCCAAGUUAAUCCACCGGAUCUACCGAGUCAGUAGUCGUGGAUACGUUGAAUAAACGAGUUGUAUUAAUUUCAAGUUUUAAGUGAUUUUAUUGGGUAAAUAAUUUAAUUUUUAAAAAUCAAAGUAUCAACAUUACCACGUGUUAUAAAUAACCAAACAAUAACGAGACUUAAAAUUCAGCAUAAAAGUCAUUUAAAUUACUUGAAAAUAUAUUUUAUGUUCAUCUAAAUAUUCAACAAUUUUAGCUGUCUGAAUUAUUACGAAACAAAAGAUUUUAAUAAUUUUCUACGACAUUAAACAUGAUGAAAAUAAUGUACUCAAGAAAAAUAAAAUAAAUAAAACUUACGAUUGGAAUUACUUGAGUCACAUAUAUGAUAACAAGUGUUUUUAUAUUAUUUCAAUUUAAAUUAUUGUUUCAAGACAAGUGAAUGAAGCAACACUGAUACGAGAAUAAUAUUAUUUUAAAAAUAUAUUCUAUGUUUAUAAUUAUAAAAUGGAUGCAAACAAGCCAAAAGAACGACCAAAUCCACGAGAAAAAACAAAUUGGCUAUCAAUAUUACUAUGGACAUGGACAAUAAAAUUUUUUAAAACUGGCUAUAGUAAAAUUCUUGAAACUGGAGAUUUAUUUGAUCCUCUGAGUAAUGAUAAAUCUGACGUACUUGGUGAUAGAUUAGAAAAACAAUGGUUUAAAGAGCUUGAUAAUGCUAAAAAAUAUAAACGUCGACCAAAUUUUCUUCGAACAAUAUUUCGUUGUUUUUUUCGUGAAUAUUUUUGGCUUGGUGUACUUCAAACAUUUAAUGAAUUAUUUUUACGUCUUGGUACACCAAUUCUUCUUGGUGGUUUACUUCGUUAUUUUCGUGAAGAAGGUGGAGUUGUAUUUAAUGAAGCACUAAUGUAUGCUGGUGGUAUUUGUCUUGCAACUGGAAUAAAUGCAAUAACAAUAAAUCAUACAAUAUUUAAUGCAUUUCAUGUUGGUGGAAAAAUUCGUAUUGCUGUAUGUUCAGUUGUAUAUCGUAAAGCAUUACGUUUAAGUACAACAGCACUUGGUGAAACAGCACCAGGUAAAAUAGUUAAUCUUGUUGCAAAUGAUGUUAAUCGUUUUGAUCUUGUAUCAAUAUUUUUUCAUCAUAUGUGGCUUGCACCAUUAUUAACAAUAAUUAUUGGUGUUAUAUUAUGGAUGGAAGCUGGUAUUGCUGGUAUAUUUGGUAUUGCUGCAAUAUUUGUUAUUGUACCAAUACAAUCAUAUACUGGUAAAUUAUCAUCAAAAUUUCGUUUACAAACAGCUAUUAAAACAGAUGAACGUGUACGUUUAAUGGAUGAAAUAAUAUCUGGUGUACAAGUUAUUAAAAUGUAUGCAUGGGAAAAACCAUUUUGUGCAUUAGUUGAAUUAGCAAGACGUCUUGAAUUAAAAGUUGUUAGAAAAAGUUCAUGGAUACGUGGUAUAUUUAUGACAUUUAAUUUAUUUACAACAAGAAUUGCAUUGUAUUGUACAAUUGUUGGUAUGAUAUUUUUUGGACCACCAUUAAGUGCUGAAAAAGUAUUUGUAUUUUCAGCAUUUUUUGGUGUACUUGCACAUAAUAUGUCAGCAAUGUUUGUACGUGGUGUUGCUGAAAUUGCUGAAUGUAUUGUUGCUGUUAGAAGAUUACAAAAUUUAUUGUUAUUUGAUGAAUUUGAAUCAGGACAUAAUCGUACUGUUACUAAAAUUGAUAAUUCAUUUAAUGAUUCAAGGAGAAUAUCAAGACCAGAUUUACCAUAUAUUGAUGAUGAUAAUAAUACUACAAAUACAAAACAAAAUGGUCUUGCACUUGUUGCUAGUGAUUUAGUUAAAAGUACAGCAAAUGUUGCUGAAAAUCAACGUAGAGCAUCAUUAAAAAAUAAAAAAGAUUAUGCUAUUAAAUUAACUGAUAUUACAGCAAAAUGGGAAGAUAGUAGUGUUGAUAAUACAUUGCAAGAUAUUGAUAUUGAAUUUGAACGUGGUAAAUUAUAUGUUAUUAUUGGUGCUGUUGGAGCUGGUAAAAGUUCAUUGAUAUCAGCAAUACUAGGUGAAAUGUCAUUGGCUGAAGGACAUGUUAAUAUUAAAGGUGGUUUAAGUUAUGCAGCACAAGAAGCAUGGGUAUUUGGUUCAAGUGUACGACAAAAUAUUAUAUUUGGUCAGCCAUAUGAACGACAACGUUAUCAAAAAGUUGUUAAAGUAUGUGCUUUAUUAUCGGAUUUUAAACAAUUUCCACAAGGUGAUCAAACAAUUGUUGGUGAACGUGGAAGUUCAUUAUCUGGUGGACAAAAAGCAAGAAUUAAUUUAGCAAGAGCAGUAUAUAGAAAUACUGAUAUUUAUGUAUUUGAUGAUCCAUUGAGUGCUGUUGAUACACAUGUUGGUAAGCAUUUAUUUGAAGAAUGCAUUGAAAGAUAUUUAGCUGGAAAAACAAGAAUUUUAGCAACACAUCAACUUCAAUAUAUUAAAAAUGUCGAUGGUAUAUUAUUAUUAGAGCAUGGUAAAUUAAAAAAAUUUGAUAGUUAUCUUGAAUUAUUAUCAAAUUGUCCAGAAUAUUCAACUCUAUUGACAUCUGAUACAACAAGUGAAACUGGUGAUGAAUCAUCAUCACAUGAAAGAUCAAUAAUACGACGACAAUCAUCAUCAACAAGUCACAGAAGUCGUACACCAUCAGUUGGUGGUGGUGGUGGUGAUACUGAUGCUGAAGAUGAUGAUGAUGAUUAUACAAAUAUUGAUAAUAUCGAGGGUACAACUAAGGGUCUUAUAAAAGGAAUUUAUGUAAAAUAUUUUCAGGCUGGUGGCAAUUGGUUUAUGAUAUUAACAGUUGGACUAUUAUUUAUACUUAGUCAAUGUGCUGUUACACUUAAUGAUUAUUAUUUUCCUCUGCUAGUUAAUUCUGAAGAAAAACGUUAUAAUCAAUAUAUCAAAGAUAAAACAAAUUCAACAUAUACAAUUUCAUCAAAUACAACAACAAAUAUUGAAUUUGAUCAUGAACCUGCACUUAAAUGGGUUUAUGUUUAUACUGGUAUUGUUUCAUCAAUAUUUGUCAUUGGUAUUACAAGAUCAUUUAUGUUUUAUUCAUUGUCAAUUGGUGCAAGUCAACGUCUUCAUGAUUUAGCAUUUGGUGCAUUAAUUAGAACUGGAAUGAGAUUUUUUGAUACAAAUCCAAGUGGUCGUGUAUUAAAUAGAUUUUCAAAAGAUAUGGGUGCUAUUGAUGAGCUAUUACCAAAAUCAAUAUUAGAUGCAUCACAAAUAACAAUGAUGAUGAUUGGUUCAUUAGUUAUUGUUUGUAUUGUUAAUUAUUUAUUUUUAAUACCAUUGGGAAUUAUAUUUUUUGUAUUUUAUUGGAUAAGAAAAGUUUAUUUAAGAACAAGUAAAAAUGUUAAACGUUUAGAGGGAAUGUUAAGAUCACCAGUAUUUACACAUUUAAAUGCAACAUUACUUGGUUUAUCAACAAUACGUGCAUAUGGAGCACAAAAAAUACUUAAAGCUGAAUUUGAUAGAUUUCAAGAUCAACAUAGUUCAUCAUGGUAUAUGUUUAUAGCAACAAGUACAGCAUUUGGUUUUUCACUUGAUAUAUUUUGUUUUAUGUUUACAACAAUUGUUACAUUUGGUUUAUUAAUACUUGCUGGAUCAACUGGUUCACAAGUUGGUCUUGCAAUAUCAACAGUUAUGUCAAUGACAGGAAUGGUACAAUGGGGUAUGAGACAAAGUGCUGAAGUUGAUAAUCAAAUGAUGUCAGUUGAACGUGUAUUGGAAUAUACAUUAUUACCACCAGAGGAUAAUCUUUGUGACAAAGGAAUUAAUGGAAAAAAAAAAUCUAAAAAAUUAAAAGAAUCAUUAUCAUACAAUAAAUCACCAGUACCAGCACCUGAAAAUUGGCCAAAUGAAGGAUUAAUUAAAUUUUCACGUGUUUAUAUGAGAUAUGCUGAUGAUGAAUUACCAGUUUUAAAAGGACUUGAUCUUAUUAUAAGACCACGUGAAAAAGUUGGUAUUGUUGGUCGUACUGGUGCUGGUAAAUCAUCACUUAUAUCAGCAUUAUUUAGACUUGCUAAAGUUGAUGGAAUAAUUGAAAUUGAUGGUAUUAAUACUGGAUCAAUAUGUCUUGAAGAUUUACGAAGAAAUAUAUCAAUAAUACCACAAGAUCCAGUAUUAUUUUCUGGUACAUUAAGAAGAAAUUUAGAUCCAUUUAAUGAAUUUCAGGAUAAUGCAUUAUGGUCUGUACUUGAAGAAGUUGAACUUAAAGAUGCUGUUACAAAUGGUGUACAUGGUCUUGAAAGUAGAGUAUUUGAUAGAGGAACAAAUUAUAGUGCUGGACAAAGACAACUUGUUUGUCUUGCUAGGGCAAUAUUAAAAAAUAAUAAAGUACUUAUGUUGGAUGAAGCAACAGCUAAUGUUGAUCCACAAACAGAUGCACUUAUACAAAGAACAAUUAGAACUAAAUUUGCUGAUUGUACUGUACUUACUGUUGCUCACAGAUUAAAUACAAUUAUGGACAGUGAUAAAGUUCUUGUUAUGGAUAAUGGAAGAAUGGCGGAGUUUGAUCAUCCUUAUAUACUUUUACAAAAUAAUACUGGUCAAUUUACAUCACUUGUCAAAGAAACUGGACGUUCAAUGACUGACCAAUUACUCAGGGUUGCCAAAGAAGCUUAUCAUAAUCGUUAUGGCGAAAGAUUGUAGACACAUUGAGCUUUACUUAUUUAAAUAAUAAUUAUAAUAAUAAUAUUAAUAAAGAUUAUUGAGGAUACUUAUUUUUAGAAAAUGUUAAACUACAAGACAUCAAGGUUUUGUAUUUUAUAAAAAAAAAAAAAAAAAUAUUGAAUAAUUAUACAGUUUUAUUAUGUAUAUAAAUAAAUAUUUUUUAUCAGUGAUAAAUUCCAUUUUGCUGCCAGUAACUUAAUUGGAUAUUCCAUUGAUGAAAAUAUAUUUAAUAAUUUAAUUUUAUAUCAUUUUUAAAAUACUUAUUUUCAUAAUGAAAAUUUAAAUGAAAAAAUGUAAAACAAAUUUAUUGUAAAUAAUAAUAAAAAUAAGUAUUAAAAUUAU